GUACACACACACUGAGCAUGGCCAGGCACAGCUUGCAACCCCCAAGAUCAAACAUCCCAUCGUCACCAUGGAGCCUCCCCCGAACACAAAGAAACGACCCAUGGACGAGCAUGCAGAACCCGAGGAUGCGGAGUCUUCGAAGCACCCGAAGUUGGGCGCGGAGGUGGAGAGGCCGAGUGGGGCGGAGAGGGUGAGGGAGAAGAGGGACGAUGAGGUUAUGGGUGAGGUUGAGAAGUUGUUGACAUGCAGUAUAUGCUACGAAAUCAUGCACAGACCCAUCAUCCUCCUCAACUGCCUCCACACCUUCUGUGGCGCCUGUUUCCACACCCACACCAAACUCACACCCACACCCGAUAACCUCAACCCUGAUCUCGGCCCCGGUCCUGGGGAUGCCGACGGUGGUGGUCUUUGGGGCGACGGGAGACCGAGUAAGAAAAUGACGUGUCCGACAUGUCGAACGAAUGCGAAAACAUUGAAGAAAGCGUGGAUGUUGGAGGGUGUGAUCAAGUCCUUCUUGGAGUCGUAUCCGCAUAAGAAGAGGCCGGAGACGGAGUUGGAGGAGUUGGACGGGAUUUGGCCUGGAGUCGACAAGCCGGGAACCAACACCUACACCGGGGCAGCUAUGGGUACUGGGGCAGCACCGGCUGCGCCUGCUGAGGUAGAGGAAGAAAGCGACGAUGACGACGAUGACGACGGUGGAGCAGGAAACGCUGACGACGACGACGACGACCACUCCGAAGAAGAAGACUACGAAUCCCGUAUCUGGCUUCCCUGCCCCUCCUGCCCCUCCCACCCCCACCACCCCUCCUCCGACCCGGACCACGAAGACCGCCGUCCGGUGCCAUUUACGUGUCCGGCCCCCAUCGAUCGGAAUUUGAGGAUCGAGAUUGAGGCGAAUCCGGAGGUGGAGGGACAUGGAGUUUGUGUGCAGUGUGAGAGGGUUGUGCCGUUGCAUGGGAGGGAUCCGGUGUUGGAGGGGGAGAGGGUUGAGAGGACGGCUGCUGCUACUGCUGCUGCUGCUGCGGAGGCUGAUGCGGAGGAAGAUGAUGAUGAUGAUGAUGACAUGGAGAUCAUCACGGAGAAGACCCAAGGCGAGGGAUCUACGACCCCAGCUGGAUCUCCCCCGGUGGGUGGAGAUCAUGUCGCGGCGCUUGCAGGGAAUAUGGAGUAUCGCGAGCAGCAAGCACAGGAGGACAGCAUCAUGGAAGACAGCAGCGAGGAAUACCACACCGCAACAUCAACCUCAACCCCCGCCUCCCCAAACGCCGACACCCAUCACCCCGCCGCCACCAACCCCACCCUCACCUCCUGGUACACCCACGCCGAACGCUGCAAAGCCUGCGGCGACGUCUACUGCGACGCAUACUACGGCACCCACCCCUCCCGCGAAUGUCUCCUCCCACUUUCGCGUAGUGUCCCGCCUACGCAGAGUUUAUCGAGUUUUGUGAAUAUGGCGAGUGGGUUUGGGAAUUCGAUUGAGAGGGGGUUGUGUUUGGAGUUUGUGAUGGGGAGGCGGGAGUGGGAUUCGGUGGGGGAGUUGUGGAGGGGGCUGUUGAGGUUUGCGAUGGAGAGUCAGCUUAGUGUUGGCUAUAAUGGAGCCGUCGCUGCUCCCGCAGCCGCGACGACGAAUCGUCAGGGGAUGAUGGUUCGAUACGUCGGGCAAAACGUCGGAGAGAAAGAUUGGGUUUGCAAAGCCUGUAUCGGGGAAAUGUUUUGUGCGUGGGUUAGUCGGUGGUGGGUGUAUCAAAUCAGGAAGGAGGGGAGUGGGGUGAAGGAGGAGGUUAGGAGGAGGACGGCGUGUGAGGGGGGCAUUAGGUGUGAGAGGCAGGGGGAUGUUGUGCAUUGUAGGGAGUUUGAGCAUUUGAGGGGAUGAGGUUAUUAACGUCCCUGUGAGGGGGAGUGUGUAGGGGAAGAUGAGGCGAGGUGGGGAGAGCAUUUUUAUUUUGUGGUGUCUUUUAUUGUUGGAAAGGGAUCAUUGAGGCGUCAGACUUAGGCCGUAUUGGUGUUAUUGCUUGCUCUAUUUGAUAUCGUGGCUGAAUAACAUACUCGUAUUAACACAUCCCGGUUCAGGAC